AUGGUCUCGGCUGUCUCUUAUGUUCUCAUCUUGAACGGCAUAUCCACAGUACUCGGCAAGCGCCAAGAAAGAAGCAACAAUCAGCGUCGGACAGGGGACGCCACGUACUUCAAUCUUAUCGAAGCCGGUCUCGUACUUGAACAAACCUUUGACAAGAUCGGAGAGCAGCUCGUAGGAAGUGUCCAUCAAGGCAUCAUGUUCAUGAAGAGCUGUGGCAAAUUCAUGGAUUUAUCUGUCCCUUCGAGUUCGAAUGCGGUCUGUGAGAAAAGUCGUGGAAAUCUUGCAGAGGAGUGCUUCCAGAGGUCGCUCAAAAGUGAAAUCAGGAUUAUCAAGAACCAGGCGAGUGAGAUGGAAUCCGAAAAAGAUCUCAGCAAUCGCAACUACAUUCGAUGGGACGCUGAGGGGGUGGAAAAGGUACCAGCAAAUGAAGCCGAGGACAUCCAAGCAGUUGCAGAUUUGGCCAACGAACUACAACGUCGCACAUGGAACAAGACUCGUCACGGAUAUGGUGCAACACACGCCCGGACACAGGGGAUUGUUAAGGGUAGCUUCAUCGUAAUCGAAGACUUGCCGGAGCAUCUCAAGCAAACUGAAUUAUUCCAGCACGGGGGUCAAUAUCCAGCCGCUUGUCGCUACAGUUCAGAACCCGGUGAUCCAGGUCUCGAUGAUCGCAUUCCACAACCUCGUGGCUUUGCGAUUAAGCUCUUCAAUGUGAAUGGAGACAUGUUCGAUGCAGGUAAAAGCUGUCCCACGCAGGAUAUCGAGUUCAAUAGCGCUCCCGCCAUUGAGCUUGCCGACGCCAAAACCACGAAAGAAAUCUUCCAGCUCCGCACGAAGUAUGGCAACGACAAGAACAAACUGUACGAGCAUCUUAAUGCCCGUCAUGAUGCGGAACUCCAGACAUCCAGGGACAAACUUCGGAACUCACAUCUAGAGUCUACGAGGCAGUACUCGCAGACGGCAUACCGUUUCGGCGACUACGUGAUGAAGUACUCUCUUGUUCCGUCCACUGACACGCAAAAGAAACUGUACGAAGAAACAGUGAAGCCCGAGCACGAUGACGAUAUUCUGCACAAGUGGUUGCAGAAUUUCCAUGCUGAUCACGACGCCGAGUACGACUUUCAGGUCCAGCUGCUGGAAAACCAGGACGAACAGCCUGUCGAGUACGCAGGUCAGGCGUGGGACGAGGAAAAGUACCCCUGGCAGACUGUCGCCAAGCUUGUCAUUCCACGCCAAAACAGCUUUGACUUCGAAAGGAAGCGAUUUUGGGAAGAUUACAUGCGGGUUGAUCCUUGGCACGGACUUAAGAGCCUGCAGCCGCUGGGGAGUCCGAAUAGGCUGAGGCGCGUUGUCUAUGCCGCUAGCAGCAAAAUGCGCCGCGAGUUAAAUGGAGUCAAGGAGGUCAAUGUCUCUAGUAUAUCUGAGAUACCAAACUGA